CUCAUCCACCACCCUUCUACUCGUCCUCUCUCUCGUUCUGGCCGUCCUGGCCGUGAUGCUUUCUCUGCCCUCAAAUCAGAGCGCCAGCAAUGCCGCCGCGGCCGCGGCCGGUGCGGAGCCCAAUGCUCAAGGCUUCUGGGGAAUCAUUACACCGAAGCGCACUCAAGCCCUGCUUGCUCGCGAGAGCAACGUCGCUGUUCGUGAGGCCGAAGUUGCUCGCCGCGAGGCCGAGAUCCUUGCUGGUGCUCCAGGCGGCGUGAUUGCCCCCACACCCUCUCCCCUCGUCUGCCCUGCUUGCCCUACCGUCUACGAGAAGGUCACGGAGGCGCCGCCCCCCGUCCAGACCGUCAUCAAGGAGGUCGUAAAGGAGGAAUCCUUGACGCCUCCCGGCUGGUGGGAUCAGGCUCGCAUUCGUGCUGAGGACAUCCUCGACCGCGAACUCAAAAUCGCGGAGCGCGAACGCGAAAUCAGUCGUCGCGAGGAGCAAGUCAACCGCCGCGAGCAUGACGCUUCAAGACGCGAGGGUUGGAUCAUGGAACAGCUUGUUGCGCUGAACGAAGUUCAACCUGAGACGGUUGAGGAAGAGUACAUUUACAACGAGCCACCUCCGCCUUUGGCACCUGGCGGCGCGAGACGGAAACCCAAGGCCCUCCCGCUCCCACCUAUUAUUCUCACUGAGACCGCCAUCGAGAUUGCGACCGAGACCCGGACCGUCACCCACACCCAACACCACACGGUUCCUUCGCAGGUCACUGUUCCUCCCCCCAACAGCACUCGUCGUGUCGCUUCGCCGACUCCCAACAUUGUGAGCUCGUCCUCUACGACACACAUUCCCAAGACCACGUCGGUCGAGGUGGUGGUCGAAGAGGAGAUCUUCGAGCCCGAGGAAGUCGAGACGACCGUGACGAUGAUGCGCGGUCCUAGGAAGCGGCACCCGAAGAAGUGGUGGGGAGGCUGGUGAAGUGUCCCGCAGGGGAAUGUGUUGACGACUGUGACGAACGAUCAUGUCCCGAGUGUACGAGGUCCUCUCUCUUUUAUUGCUUUCCUUUCUAUUCCCCUUCUUUGAUGGCUGGCACUAUUUGAACCCCUGUUGCUGUAUUUUUGCUACCCCUCGCUCCCCGAACCAUCCUACGACCCGCUGCGAUACCUCUGCUCCUAUCUAUCCGCCUCCCUUACCGUACGCGCGCAUGCUGCGCAGCCUACUAGCUAGUGCUUAGCUACACCCGAUCACCACCUCAUACUUACGACUACGACUGACUCGGAUGGAGGUCCAAUCAGCAUGGCAUCUUACGGUUUCUCUUCUGCUUGUGUAACUGGUGGCGAUGGCGACAAGUGCUGGAAAAUGUGUGUAGAGUAAAUGUUGGCCAAGAUUGCCGUUACGAUACUUGCAGAAUCAUCAAUUUGGA